AUGAGGAGGUUUGUUUACUGCAAGGUGGUCCUUGCCACUUCGCUGAUGUGGGUUCUGGUUGAUGUCUUCUUACUCCUGUACUUCAGUGAAUGUAACAAAUGUGAUGACAAGAAGGAGAGAUCCCUUCUACCUGCUCUCAGGGCUGUUAUUUCAAGAAACCAAGAAGGGCCAGGAGAAAUGGGAAAGGCUGUGCUGAUUCCUAAAGAUGACCAGGAGAAAAUGAAAGAACUGUUUAAAAUCAAUCAGUUUAACCUCAUGGCCAGUGAUUUGAUUGCCCUUAACAGAAGUCUGCCGGAUGUGAGAUUAGAAGGAUGCAAGACGAAGGUCUACCCUGAUGAACUUCCAAACACAAGUGUAGUUAUUGUGUUUCAUAAUGAAGCUUGGAGCACCCUCCUUCGAACUGUUUACAGCGUUAUAAAUCGUUCUCCACACUAUUUACUUUCUGAGGUCAUCUUGGUCGAUGAUGCCAGUGAAAGAGAUUUUCUCAAGUUGACAUUAGAGAAUUAUGUGAAAAAUUUAGAAGUACCAGUAAAAAUUAUCAGAAUGGAAGAGCGCUCGGGGUUAAUACGUGCCCGCCUUCGAGGAGCAGCUGCUUCGAAAGGGCAGGUCAUCACUUUCCUCGAUGCACACUGUGAAUGUACCGUGGGCUGGCUGGAGCCCUUGCUGGCGAGAAUAAAGGAAGACAGGAAAACAGUUGUAUGCCCCAUCAUUGAUGUGAUUAGUGAUGAUACCUUUGAAUAUAUGGCUGGGUCAGACAUGACUUAUGGUGGUUUUAACUGGAAACUGAAUUUUCGUUGGUAUCCUGUUCCCCAAAGAGAAAUGGAUAGGAGGAAAGGAGACAGAACAUUACCUGUCAGGACCCCUACUAUGGCUGGUGGCCUAUUUUCUAUUGACAGAAACUACUUUGAAGAGAUAGGAACUUACGAUGCAGGAAUGGAUAUCUGGGGUGGAGAGAAUCUUGAAAUGUCUUUUAGGAUUUGGCAAUGUGGAGGCUCAUUGGAGAUUGUGACUUGCUCUCAUGUGGGUCAUGUUUUUCGGAAGGCAACUCCAUACACCUUUCCUGGUGGCACCGGUCAUGUCAUCAACAAGAACAACAGGAGACUGGCAGAAGUGUGGAUGGAUGAAUUUAAAGAUUUCUUCUAUAUCAUAUCCCCAGGUGUUGUCAAAGUGGAUUAUGGAGAUGUUUCAGUCAGAAAAACACUGAGAGAAAAUCUGAAGUGUAAGCCCUUUUCUUGGUACCUUGAAAACAUCUAUCCGGACUCCCAGAUCCCAAGACGUUAUUACUCACUUGGUGAGAUAAGAAAUGUUGAGACUAAUCAAUGUUUAGACAACAUGGGCCGCAAGGAAAAUGAAAAAGUGGGCAUAUUCAACUGUCAUGGUAUGGGAGGAAAUCAGGUAUUUUCUUAUACCGCUGACAAAGAAAUCCGAACCGAUGACUUGUGCUUGGAUGUUUCUAGACUCAAUGGACCUGUAAUCAUGUUAAAAUGCCACCACAUGAGAGGAAAUCAGUUAUGGGAAUAUGAUGCUGAGUCCUGUCUCUCAGUAAGAAAAGUAACUGGUGGCUCCCAACAGCCCACUGUGGAAAUAUGUAAUGAUAGCUCUUUGCAAAAAUGGCUACUAAGAAACUAUACAAGAGCGGAAGUUUUUAGAAAUAUUUUUGAGAAUCCUACUGAUUACGUUCUCUAAUAAUUUUUGGAGAGACUCACCUUGAGACAUGUGAACAGUAACCAGUGUCUCGAUGAACCUUCUGAAGAAGACAAAAUGGUGCCUACCAUGCAGGACUGCAGUGGCAGCAGGUCCCAGCAGUGGCUGCUGAGGAACAUGACUUUGGGGGCAUGAAGACCACUUCCCCCAAGCCAUGGAAGUGUCUACACUUUUGUUUUUCCAUUAUUUCAAUUAAGGAAAAAGAUUAACUUUGCUGAAUUGAAAGUUUUAAAAUCCUUUUAGUAUUCUAAAACACAGUUGUUUAUAAUUCAUUUUUAGGAAUGUUUGCUUAUUUCCCUACAAAAUUUGUAUCUGAUCAAAAGCACAUAAAAAUAUGAAUAACAGCAAACUGUUAUUAAACAUUUGAAAAACUUUAAAAAAAAGUGUUUGCUUAAAAAAAACACACCUCUUUAUUGCCCUCAUGUCACAGGAUUAGUUGUGGGGAGGGGUAUUUUUAUUUUUUAUUUUCAUAGUGAUUGAAAGAGAGACAAUGUAAAUGCCUUAUAAAAUAUCUUCAUUAUGAAAUAGAAUCAUUUUAUAAACUCGCUCUGUUUCUACUGGACCUUCAUGGAAACAUGUUGAAUUUCUUUGUCAACAGCAGGCCACACAUUGAAUUAUUUCUGAGCAAUGAAUUCAUCAUACACAAUAAGUUCCAAGUUUUGUACCAGGAAAAAAAAAACAAUAAACUGGACCUUGACUUACAGAGUUGUUAUAAAAGCAUCACAUUUAAACAAAAAAAAAAGAGAAGAAUUUGAAAAUUCAAUUUAAAGGACCUGAAAUCAGAAGCAGCAAGCUAGGUGUGGCGGGGAGCAAGAUGAUGAAGCUAAACUGCAACAAUUGAAUCAUUUAAGAAGAUUCUGUUUAGGUGGUAAUCAGUCCUCUCACAGGCUGA